AUAUAGACUCAGUCAUCGUCUUCAACCUCACAAGCUACAAAAGAAAAUUCCGACCAGCCAUUUUAACGCACGUCUCAAAUUAUCCCGAAACAACAUUCCAGAAAAGCUCUCAUCCAAUGUCGUCCAACAGAGGUCAGCGAACGCUUGAUUCGUGGAUAAAAUCGAGACCAUCAAGACCAGUUGCUUCAACAUCUCAAGCAUCUUCAUCAAGAGGGGCUUCAUCAAACCAGCACCCAUAUCCAUCCAGAAGUAGACGCGACGAUCCAUACAGACGCGGAGUUGCGCUCGCAGCUAUAGCAAAGGAAACGCUGACAGUCCUCCCUGGUAUCCUUUCUCAGUUGCCAAAUCUCGACGCCAACAGAUCAGAGAAGCUUGAGAUCCACCACCUACCUCCGCUUACAGCUGCCGAAUGUCCCAGACGGACACCAUCAGGGAAAGCAUCUAUUAGGAUUUCCAACGAUGACAGUUUCAACGCGGCUAUACACCUUGCGGACCUCAAAGGACCCGCAUCAGGUCGCGUCGCGGUGCUGAAUAUGGCAAGCCAUGUCAGCCCUGGUGGAGGAUGGUUGAAAGGAGCGCGUGCUCAAGAGGAAGCGUUAUGCUAUCGAAGCUCGCUGUCUCUUUCGCUACAUCGAAGAUAUUACCCAUGGAGGCAACGCAUGGGUAUCUACACCCCUGAUGUUGUCAUUAUCCGCUCCGAUCAGGAAACUGGACACCAGCUUCUCAUGCCUACUAUCCAAGCCCGGAAUUUGCCCGUCGUCAGCGUUCUCAGCAUCGCAGCCCUACGCACACCACCCGUCAGGAAAAUUAUGUUAAACACACCCAAAGGUCCUGUGGCCAGUGAAACAUAUGCAAACUCUGCUGAUCGCGACCUCACCAAGCUCAAGAUGAGAUUAUGCCUUCGAAUGGCGGCACGACGUAACCACGGCUUGCUUGUGCUUGGUGCCUUGGGAUGCGGCGCGUUUAGGAACCCGCCGAAGGAGGUUGCUCGUUGUUGGCUAGAGGUGCUUAAGGAGCCCGAAUUUCAAGGCGGCUGGUGGGAAGAGGUUUGGUUUGCUGUGUAUGAUAGGAGAGGUGAGGGUAAUUUGGAGAUUUUCGAGGAGAUACUUGGUGGUGUUGAGGUCUGAGAUGAGGAUAUAGACAAGAUCUGAGAAGCAUGAGCAUGUUUGCAGAAGCACUGAGCAUCAGUUUAGGCGUAAGCCAAAUGUACUCGUUUUUUCUUUUCUUCUCAUUUGAUGUUAUUUUAUGCACACCAAGUGAAUUCCUUUUUCAUCCCUAGCCCCCAAGGAAAGCAAUCGUCAAAAGGGACUGGCUGUAAUCGCAAGACAAGCUUAUAUUGUCAAGAACAGAAUCGUACCUCUUCCAAUCUCCCAAUCUCAGAGUGCCAAAUAUAACCAAAC